UUUAUUUCCUUUUGCCCCUUAUUUAACUUCACCACACCACACACACACACACUUUCCUCUUCUCAUUUUCCUGCUUCGUUGAUUCCCAGGUUUUCACACAAUUUUCUCGAGAAAAAAUACAGCUCAGCUUUUGAUGAUGAUGAGAAAGUUGACAAAGUUUAACCACACAAUGGGAUUCCAAAUAACACAUUCUAACAAGCCGAAAAAAGUGAAACCUUUUUCCUGUCCGAACAACGACGACGACGACAAUGGCGGAACCAACGGCGGCUCUUUGAUACCUGAUGAUGUUCCAGGCUAUGCUUCAUGGCUGGGGAAACAUCCUUCUGCAUUGAACAUGUUCGAUUCGAUAACGAAAGAAGCGAAAGGGAAAAAGGUGGUCGUGUUUUUAGAUUACGACGGCACCUUGUCCCCCAUCGUUGAUGACCCCGACAAGGCAUUCAUGUCUGCUGAGAUGCGUAUGGCGGUGCGUGAAGUUGCAAAGCAUUUUCCGACGUCGAUAAUCAGCGGUCGUAGACGAGAAAGGGUUAAAGAAUUUGUACAGUUAAGUAAUGUAUAUUAUGCUGGGAGCCAUGGUUUGGAUAUAAUGGCACCACCUAGAGCAGUGAAGGCCUGUGAUAAAAAGGGGAAUGAAGGUGCAUUUCAACCUGCAAAAUUAUUUUUACCUGCAAUUCAAGAGAUGUCCAUAGAAUUGGAAGACACCAUUAGAGAAAUACAAGGUGCUAGGAUUGAAGAUAACAAGUUUUGUAUCUCUGUACAUUAUCGUCAAGUUCCACCAAAGGACCACGAAAUGUUGAAGGAGAAAGUGAAAUCUCUGGUCGGAAACCGCCCCAACUUUCGUCUCACCGAGGGUAAAAUGGUUUUAGAAGUCCGGCCAUCGAUAGAAUGGAACAAAGGCGACGCCCUGAAUUAUUUGCUCGAUACAUUGGGAUUCAGUAAUGCUAAAGAUGUUCUACCUUUAUAUAUCGGAGAUGAUCGCACCGAUGAAGAUGCAUUCAAGGUAAUAGCAAGUAGAAGGGAAGGAUUUCCCAUAAUAGUUUCAUCCAUACCAAAAGACACCAUAGCUUGGUUCUCGUUACGUGAUCCGUCCGAGGUAUUAGCUUUCUUAUUACGUUUAGCUAAAUGGAAGAAAUCGGAGAUUCAUUUCUACAAGUAGAGUUCAUCAAUGGCUUUGUCUGUCAUACCAGCCAUUAUAUGUCACCUUCAUAUAUAUGAUAUAGUGUAUGUAUGUAUGUAUGUAUGGAAAUAACAGGGAAAUAAAGGGUCUCUGAAUGGAUGUAAAACAUCACUUUAGGUGUUUUUUUGAAAGUGGUGUUGUAAAUUCCAUUCAGGUGUUGUAAAUGAUAGAUCAGUUUGUCAUUUUUAAUAGCAAGGCUCUGUGUUAAGUCCCUUUUUGGUUUUUUUAAUGUGAAGUAGUUUAGAGUCUUCACAUUAUUACUGGUUUGGACCAGAAUGGUCAUUUGUACCCUUCAAGGUUUCUAACUUUUUUUGGCAUUUGUUGGAUUAUUAAUUAAACUAUUUAUAUUUAUAUGUGAAA